AUGAGGACUGACGAGAAGAUACUGGAGCUGGAAAAAGCGGUAGAUAAGUUGCACUGGCAUAUUAUUAGAUUAUCCGAGGUCCGAAGAGAGGGGGAGGACACGGUAAUCCUCGAGUCUGGCAACUUGUUCUAUCACCGGGAGGGCGACCACCUGUCCCAAGGAGGUGUCGGAUUUAUCGUCCACAAGUCUCUCGUCAACAACGUUGUAAAGAUUGAGAGUGCAUCGACGAGGGUCGCGUACCUGAUACUCAGAAUCUCCAAACGGUAUUCACAGAAGGUCAUACAGGUUUACGCAACAACCUCGGCACAUCCCGAUGAGGAGGUGGAGGAAAUGUAUGAGGAUAUUUCCAGAGCCAUGAAUUCUUCCAAAACCCACUACACGGUGUUGAUGGGAGACUUCAACGCAAAACUAGGCACAAGAGAAAACAAUGAGCUGAAGUUGGGGAAAUUUGGAGUAGGGCAACGGAACCGAAGCUUUCUGAUGGCGAAUUUUUAUUAUUAUCUUAUAACUAGUCUAUUAGCUAUAUCUACCGAUUUGUGUUAG